CGACGAAAUUGAGGACGAGAAGCGAAUGUCCGGCGCUCUAACCGAGUUGGCGGAUAUGGUGGAUUGACCUAGAGGAGUUGGAAAACCCUGAUUAUAAACCAAUGAUGCACACGGGCUCCAGUAUCUUAAGGGAACAAAUGGAGUAUGAACCCUUAGAAAACCACCUGUUUCGGUCUGGGCACCUAGACACUAUUCCAACCCACACACAAAUCAAAUUAAUGAAACUCACUACUAGGAAUAUUAUUCUUGCUUCAAUUAGCAUUCAGACAAAUUACAUUCACAAUCAUUUGAUAGCAUUCAUUUUCAUUUUUUAAUAUACUACGUCACUUAUCUAUUCUCUUCUAUUCUCACUUUGUGUAUUCUUACUUUUCAACUUAUACAACAGUUCGCCUGUGGUGGAAAUCUGUUCUACCACCGACUACGAAUACUGAAACAGUCUUUCUGAAACCAUGUAUGCAAUUCAAACCAGUCUCCUUCAACGUUCGCACACUAAAUGAGAUCGGGCAACAGAUAGGGUUGGCUGUCUUUAGAAAGUUUUAAUAUCGGCGUCUGAUGUCUAUCCGAGACCCUUAUUCAAGACUCUACUAAAGUACUGCAAGUUCACUUUCCAUCUGUCACUUCGAAGAGCUUGCCUCACGUGAGUUUAUCUGGGGACCCUGUGGUAUCUUCGUCUGGUUUUGCUGGCGUUGGUGUUUCAUUAAGCGCUAGAGCUGAGGCAGCACUGAAUGAUUGGAUUCCUAAUGACAGUCGGUUAUGUCCUGUUAAACUAGAAAGCUCCAUCAAAGUGAGUAGAAAUCAGUAUAAGAAAUGAUGUGCUUUCGUCAUCUCUGCAUACACUCCGACAUAUUGCAAGCCGAAUGCGAUCAAAGAUAAGUCCUACCACCUGUUAAGUGUUGUUCUGUAGAAAAUACAUCCGACAGAUAUUGUAGUACCAAUGGGAAACUUGAAGGCACAGAUCAGGUGUCUAGGCACGGAAGAGAGUUGGGUCGAUGAGGACUUGUUGGUCGCAGGUCAGAUAACGGUAACCAUCUACUGCAACUGUGCGCAGAUCACAACCUAUUUCCGGCUAGAGCUAACUACUGGCACAGUCAUCGCCGAUGUGCCACUUGGCGUCCUCCCUCUGCAUCUGAAGCCUGGACUCAGAUUGAUCACAUCGCGAUCAGCUAUCGUUGGUGUGAUAUUGUGCAGGACUACUGCUCCUUUUGGAGUACCUAUCUAGACUCUAAUCAUGCCCUUGUCCAGACAGCACAAACUCAUCAGUUUAAAAGAAUUAAAAAUAACUUCUAAUCAAAAAUAUUACACAUAUAACUUUGCAUAAAAUCAGUAACGAGGACGCCUACCGCAUAUAGGCAUUUGUAACGAAUAUUCUAGCAUGUAGUGUUGAGAUGAAUCCUAAGAUGUUAUGUUAUUUACAGGAUAAUACUGGUUGUAACGUUGAUUUGGGAGAAGCACUCAGAAUUUCGAAAGGAAAGUGGGCUCAUGAGGACAAGAAUAAGUUGUCCUUUGUUAUUAAUAAUGUCGACCUACCUUAAAUUGAUAUUAAGCACUUUAAUGGACAGCCUGUUCAGUAACACCAUUUUGUUAGGCAGGUUACUAGCUUCAUAGUAAGCAAAUUGUCCAACGAGAGUCAACAGUAAUUAUAUUUGUUUUACUUUAAUAAACGAGAAAACAGGUGGGGACAAUUAAUGUACUUUAGUCCAAAUCUAUAGAAUAUCUUGUUAAAAUAUGAGGACCAUACGCUGAAUACUUCAUUCGCGAAUUCCCAUCAUUUACCCUCCAGUUCAUGAUUCCUUUCUAUUUUCGCUUCUGUUCUCUUCAACUCGAUCUUCUUAGCCUUCUGCUACCAGGUUUUUCACUUCGGAUUGGUGUUACAUACUUCUAAUGUAUGUCGACAUAAGCAACAUACACCACAAUACUACUGUAAAGGAUAAGCCAGGACAGCCAUUGAAACUUGCAUCUCCUUGCCUUGUUGUUUGGAUUAUGACAGAGUGGGAUAGAUUCUGUAUGAUAUAUAUUGAAGGGAACGUCUGAUUGCCCGUAAACUAAGUGUAAAUUGGCUUAAUCGUAAAUCUGUUUGGUGCUCAGUAGAUGAUAUGGCUGACUUCACAAUCAAGUUACGUAACGCAUAUAACACUGAGACAAGUGGGAUGUGUGUCCAAUGUAAACUGUACAGCUAAUGUGGAAAUAGUUGUGUCACGUUUACUACUGGAUUUACAGGAUAGGUGGGAAGAGGUUGUCGACAAAACCAUGAUGACAGUUGUAUAUCAUGUUGUUUUUGGAAUCUCUAGGACGUGGCCUGUUAUAGUGACAGUUCUUAUAGUGUGUAUAGUGUUUUGGAAUGUUAACUGAUCUAAUCUGUAACAUUAUUAUUCUUAUUUGUUUAUAGAUAUGGGAAGAUGAGUAUUUAAAAUGGAAUGAACCGGAAUUCGGAAAUGUAAGAACUUUGCGUGUACCAGCUGAGCAAGUAUGGACUCCAGAUACUUACGUAUUUAAUAAUGCUGAUCAUACAAAUUCUGGUUUUCUAGAAGGUGUCUAUGUUUUAAUUCAUAGUUCUGGUAAAGUAUCAUGGCCAAUUCCAGUUCAAUUAAAAACAUCAUGUAAAGUCGAUAUUACAUUAUUUCCAUUUGAUCAUCAAAAUUGUGAAAUACAAUUUGGAUCAUGGAUGUAUACAUCUGAUUGGAUUAAAUAUAAAUUUCAAACGGAUCAACAUAAUAAAUCAACAACAAUGAAAAAUUGGAAAUACUCUAAAAAAUUAUCAUCUUCUUUAGUAUCAUUAUUGUCAAAUACUUCGAAUCGACAUUUAACUACAGAAAGAAGAGAUCAUGACGAAAUAGGACAAGAUGACCUUGAUAAUAAUAAUAAUAAUAAUAAUAAUUUUGAGGAAGAUUAUCUGACUAGAAAUGCAUUAGAUACAUCAUCUUAUUGGGAUAGUACAGAUUGGAUGCUGAAACAUGCUAUAUUAUCCUAUACUCAUCGAUCUACUGAUACAUUGACUGUUUGGAAACCAACCACAAGUAUAUUAAACAUUCAGUUUCAUGAUAAUAAAUUGGACACUAGACAAACAGACUUAGUAUUAAAACUAUUCUUACAAAGAAGAAGUUUUUUCUACAUUUGGAAUAUUGUCGUACCAUGUAUACUAUUAACAUUGCUUACAUUAAUCACAUUUUGGACCCCAAUUGAUUCAGCAUUUUCUAUGUUUAUGAUGUUGAUAGCUGAACGUGUACCGCCAACAGCCAAAAAUAUUCCACUUAUAGGAGUGUAUAUGACUUCAGUAAUGUCAAUAACAACUGGAACAGUUGUUGUGUGUGUAAUUGUCAUUAAUUUAGACGCCAAAGGUGAGAAGCUAUCACGUGCACCAAAAUGGUUGCGUCGUAUCACACAGUUUAGUUUAUUUCAAUUAUUCUACAAGGAAAAUUGUUGUGAUGUGAAUGAAUCAGCAGCUGUUUCAUCGUUAGUAAGUCAUAGUUGUUUUCAUUUGAUAAUUAGAUGCACAACUAACCUUCUAAACAUUAUCUGUUUAUAGCUAAUAGAUGAAAAGUUAAAGGGUGAUCAAGUUAUUGUCAUGUAACAGUUAAUUUAAUGCCUGGAAACCCCCUGGAGCUACUUCCGGUCCCAAACCCGGAUAAAGGAGAAGGGUUGGGCGUGGGUUUAUCGACCCCAUCCCGUAGAAUACUAACUUGUUAACAAAUGCUAACGAGAAAAAAAAUCAUUCAAGCCAUGAAAUAUUUUAAUAGACAAGAAAAUAAGUCCAGCGGUUUAUUACCAAUCGUUAUUUAUUAUGGUGUUUAGUCAUUUAUUGUACUGAGCAUAUUGUAGCUUGAUCAAUGGGUGUGAAUGGGAACUAAGAGCCAGUCAAACAUAAGUGAUCAAUUUUUAAUCAAAGUUGGAUCUUGGAUAGUAGCUGAACCCAUGACGCGCGUUUCUUCUUAUUUCAAAUUCAUUGGCUGACUAUACUUAUAUUUUUGUGUUGAUGUUUACUGCAGCGAUCGAACCCAGCGUUUUUCGCUCCAAACGCCAACACCUUAUCCACUUAGCUAUUGAGUUUCAGUAGCCACUGACUUGUACAUUUGGGCUGAGAUUGAUCAAUAUUCAGUCGUUAACAUGAACAACGGUAAGAUUGAAACCGUUAUGAUUGAAUUAUAUUUCAACGACAUUGCACAAGACAGUGGCUAUUGGAACUCAGUAGCUAAGUGGAUAAAUUGUUGACAUUUGAAAUUUAAGACACUGGGUUCGAUUGCCGUAGUAAACAUCAACACAGUAAUAGAAGUAUACUCAGAUGACGAGUCCUGCAUGAGACUGUACUUCUAUUCUGUAAAUAAGUUAUCUGGUUCAUCUAAUGAUGUCAUUCUUGUGACCCCAUUCACAUAAACAUAGUUUAUUAUUUCAGCUAGAGCAUUUCAUUGCACGAAGUUUGAUUUGUGUUAGAUAUAUUUAAAAUUAUAAAUCCUCUGACAAUAUGAGAUAUAUUAAACUAAU